AUGAGUAAACCAGUUUUGAGUGUUGCUACACAGUUUAUGGUCAUGGCAAUUUUCAUAUCAGUGAUAUUUUUAUUUGUGGGCAUUGGAGUUUUGGUUGUGAUUCAUGCUUGUAUUGCUGGGAGGGCGUUUAGGAGAGGAUUUGGUGGCAGUGAUAUGGUGGAGAGGGGUGGUUUUGGGAACACAAGCAUGUCUCAAGACGAUCUAGAGAAGCUUCCUUGCUUUGAUUUCAUAGUGAAAUCAAAGGGAAGUAGUCCUGUGGAUUGUGCAGUGUGUUUGGAGAACUUCAAAUCGGGUGAUAAGUGUAGGCUAUUGCCUCUAUGCAGACAUAGUUUUCAUGCCAAGUGUGUGGAUUCUUGGCUUCUGAAGACACAUUUGUCCAAUUUGCAGAGGAAGUGCUGA